UAUUAGUACUCUAAUAAAGAUAAAUGUAGGAUUUUCCUUAUUGCUUUGCGUGCAGUUGAUAAACCACGUCAUUCAAUCCUGUAGUAGCGAUUAUUUACAUCGAAACUAACAGUUUACUGAACCAUCAAAAUUAAAAGAAAAAAUUACAAUGAUUAAAAUAGUAAACGUCAGUUUUAUCAUCCUUUUAGUGUAUUUUAUGAGCGUAAGUGUGCAGUCAGGUAAAAAUGACAAACCUUGUAAAUGCAAUUGGACCAAUGAUUGGGCCCCAGUAUGUGCCAGUGAUGGAAAAACAUUCUCUCAUAAAAUAAACUUGAAGUGCUAUAAUAAAUGCAACAAAGCAAAUGUGAGAAUAUUACAUACAGGUGUAUGCCCACGAAUUCAACCACCUGGAAAUCUAUUAUCAUGAAGAAUUAAAUAACAGAUGU